UGGGGCCCCUGGGCAAUAGGGGAUCAUGGGGCCCAUGUGUCCUUGCCCAAACUCAAAAACGCCUAUGAAAAAGGUACCAGGGGCAUCUCAUGGGGCCCCCUACUGACACCGGGCCCUCGGGCAGUUCCCGAGUUUCCAAAUGGUCAGUCCGCCCCUGGUAAGGGCCAAGGCCAUCAUGUGCAGGGGCGGACUGACAACUCAUGGGGCCCCCGGGCAAUUGGGGAUCAUGGGGCCCCUGUGUCCUUGCCCAAACUCAAAAAAACCUAUGAAAAAGGUACCAGGGGCAUCUCAUGGGGCCCCCUACUGACCCCCGGGCCCUCGGGCAGUGCCCGAGUUUCCAAAUGGUCAGUCCGCCCCUGAUCAUAGGCUAUAAGAAUGUGCCCAAAAA